UGCACUUAGUUGCAUAUAUUUACUCUGAAAUUUAAUUUUGCCGCAUGAGCAAAAGUUAAUCAAAUAGAAGAGUGAAAGGAAAUUCUUCUGAGGAAGAAAAGAAAAGAAAAAGAAAACCCAUCUGAAACCCCCCGAAGAAAUUCAGAGAGACAAAGGAGAGCGAGCACCAUUUCAAUUCUUAGUUCCCUAUUUGCUUUCUUUUUUCUUUCACGGCUUCAGAGAGAGGAAAGACAAAUUCAUGAGCUGAUGUGCUAUCUAUCAAUUACUAACAAAAUUGGAAAAGAAUUCUUAUAGGAUCAUAUAUAUUUCGUUUUUCUGUAUCUGCACUUUGAAUUCGGCACUUUUGGUUGGUUGGUGGUGUCGUAGCAGAAAGCUAGAAACACUGAUUUUCCGCAAAUUGAAAGGACAGAAAACGGUUUUUAGGAGCUUCAAAACGGCGUCGUUGGAAGGCACUUAGCGCUUCUAUUGCUACAACGCAAAUGGCUGAACGCCCCUGAGGUUUUAACAAUGCGGCGAACAAUGCUUUCCAAGCAAGAAGUAUUACCUGAAUCUGGAAAAAGAGGUGUGUCAAACAUUCUAUGAUCCAGAACGCUGAUAUGAAACUCGAGUCAGGGACUUGUAACGUUUGCUCAGCUCCUUGUUCGUCCUGCAUUCAUCUUAGUCGAGCUCUCACUCGACCAAAGGCCAAAGAGUUCUCUGAUGAAAAUUGUCACUUGGGGGAGGCCAAUCAGUUUUCUACGGAUGAGGGUGAUCAAUCUUCUCGUAGGAGCAGAACUUGUGAAAGAUUGAAUCAUGCUAGCAGUGAAACCGGUAACAUGCUUAGUGUUAAUUCCAGUCAUGAAUCUCUGUCUGAAAAUGCUGAAAGCACACGAGUUUUAUCAGAGAAGUACCGGGAUGCCAAAUUUUUAGAAGGUCUUGAUGACAAUGCUUCUUGUAUCAGUAGAACCAGUGAUGCUGAUUUAAUACCUGUUAUUAAUGGCAAUACUGCUGUGCUUUCGACAAGAGUAUAUCCAAAGUCAGAAUCAGAUUCAGAUAGUGAUGUUGGUAAUGUGAAAGACAAAAAUCAUAAAGUUCCAGUCCGUGAUGGACUGCAUGAGAAGCAAGGGGAGCAGGUUAAAUCACCAGUCAAGCCUGAAGCUCACUCUGAAGAUGAGAGUGAUGACUCAGAUGUUGAGCAUGAUGUAAAAGUUUGUGACAUCUGUGGGGAUGCUGGUCGGGAGGAGCUGCUUGCAGUAUGUAGCAGGUGCAGUGAUGGUGCAGAGCACACCUAUUGCAUGCGAGAAAUGCUUGAAAAGGUUCCAGAAGGAGACUGGUUAUGUGAAGAAUGCAAGUAUGCUCAGGAGACUGAAAAUCAAAAGCUGGGUAAAAUUAAUUCAACUGCACUUAUCUCUGGAAAAAGGCCUCUUGAAAGUGAAGAAUUGGCUAAGGCAGUAAAAAAGCAAGCUCUUGAGUCAAACAUUGGGUCACCAAAGGGUUCAAGCCCCAAGAGAGUAUUUCCACUGUCACGAGAGUCUUCAUUCAAGAACCUUGAUAAGGGAAAGUUGAAGUCUGGUUACCACAGCUCCAUUUGUAAUCACCCUGAUGGCAGUGACAGAGAACUUGCUCGCUCUCUUUCAGCUGGUCCUCGAAGUCAAACAACAAAGAGUACAUUGUUGAAGUCAAAUUCAUUCAAUACGAAUUCCAACCCAAGAGUCAAACUUGUUGAUGAAGUCCCGCAAAAGAAGAAAGGGGGCAGCGAACAUGCUUCUAAGGAUAGCGAGGCACCAAGGCAAAUAAUUAGCAAAUCUACAUCAUUCAAAUCAUCAAAUUUGAGCAGUUCGAAUGCCACUGAAUCAAAAGUUAAAAUGCUUACUUCUAAGUCUGGAACAACACAGGACCUGAAAGGAUCAAGACUAACAAAAGAAUCUGACAGGAAAUUUCUCUCUAGGGUUGAUCAGCCUGUGGUUUGUUCAACCAUUUCCAAACCUAUAGGUGACCAUAAGCUUUCUCCUCAUGGUGAGACCAGUAAACCUUCUGCAGUUAACAAUCGAGAGCGUAAGGUCAACCCAGAUGUGAGAUCAAAUUCAUUAUCUAAGUCUAAGAAUAAUAUAAACCGCAAGAGUUCGGCACCUUUAUUUAGUGCAGAAAGAAUAGCAACCAGUGGUGAAGAAACUCAAUUGGAUGGGGCGCCUCAAUCAAUAGAAUUUUCAAAUCAAAUUGAUAAUGCCAAAGAUAGUUCUAUUGAUCAUGUGAGCUCUGGUCUUACUAAUGCUUCUGGAAGCUCAAUCUUUCACAAAAGUAAGGAUUUUGGCCAUGCAACAGAAUGUCGUGGGGUUGCUAAUAGAGAAGAAUUCAGCCUCGAAGGAUCAACCACUGCCCCAAACAGUUCAAAAGACAAGAUACAUAAAGAUAAUAGACUGAAAGCUGCAAUCCAGGCAGCUUUGCUUAGAAGGCCUGAAAUAUGCAAGAAGAAAGAAGUACCUGAUCGAACUGAUGAAUUUUCUACAUCAGGCAGAGACUUGAAUUCCGAAGUCAGUUCUCAGGAUCAGUCGAUUGUUAUCAACACACGAAAGAAUAUUCUUUCUACUGAAGAAACAAAAGCGAGGCAGGAGAUCCUUCACAACCCAACAUUUGAAACUCCAUCUUCCAAUGGUUCGAAGCCAGUUAGCUUUGGUCCAAUACAGCCAAGAAAGUUAGAAUCUGUUGGUCCUGAUCCUGGAAAUCCUGUAGUGAGAGAUUUCCAGAAUCAAGCUUUGGCUGUCUCAAGUGUUCUUUCACAGAUAGCAGUCUUUCCAGAACAUCAAUUCAUCUGGCAAGGUGUCUUUCAAGUGCACAGAUAUGGAAAGCUACCUAACUUGUAUACUGGAAUUCAAGCACAUUUAUCCACAUGUGCAUCCCCCAAGGUUCUUGAGGUAGUGAACAAGUUUCUACCUGAAGUUUCCCUUGAUGAAGUUUCUCGCUUGAGCACUUGGCCUUCACAAUUUCAUCAAGGCGGGGCUAGGGAAGAUAAUAUCGCUCUUUACUUUUUUGCCGAAGACAUUGAAAGUUAUAGGAGACACUACAAGGGUCUACUGGAUCACAUGAUUAGAAAUGAUUUAGCACUUAAAGGAAGUUUUGAUGGUGUUGAACUUCUCAUAUUCCCAUCUAAUCAGCUUCCUGAAAAUUCUCAGCGUUGGAAUAUGCUGUUUUUCUUAUGGGGUGUAUUUAGAGGACAUAGGAUGAAUAAUUUUGACUCUGCAAGAAAGGUUUGUAUUCCCAGUUUGAACGCGGUGCCAGUUGAGAAGGAUUUUCCAACUUCUGUCAUGAAUUUGUCUGAAACCCACAGCUCACUGAAGCGGAUGGAUGAACAAUCAAUUGCUUGUGGUAGAACAUGCAGUGCAGUUCUCCCUUCCACUUCCAUAGGUGAAGGCCCUAAUGUUUUCCAUGGGGAUUUUGAUAUCAAAGAAACUAGUGAUGAGGCAUGUUUGGCUUCACAAGUAAACUUACAUAGGCAAGAUAGUAGAAUCAACACUGAAUCUACAUUGGAGAUUCCUUCAAGCAGUGGUCAGUUGUGCCAAGAAUUGCAUUCCGCAGGUUCAUCCCCGAAAGAUGGACAGCAGAGAGUCCCCACACCUCCUGAAGCAAUGAGAACACUUGUAAGUAACAGGAUUGUGGAAACAAAUAAUGACUAUGAUAUUUCAGUCAAGCAAGAGAACUCUCUGUCUUCAGGGAUUCCUUCUGCCGAGAAACAAGAGACAGAUGCUGCAAGCAAUACCUCUGAAAAUCAAAUUUCAGAGAGAAUUAACCAUGAUGAAGAUCAACAUAGGCCUAAAAGGAAACUGAUAGAAGAAGAUCUCAAUAUUAGCAUAGAGGCAACGCUUCAAGAAGACCCAUCUAUAACAAUCAUAAACUGUCAGCAAACUAAUGAUAAAAAAGUUCAGCAUAUAGAUGUUUCAAAUGCAGUUUUGAAGGCUUCCACAGAUAGUUAUCAGAAAUUGCCUUGGGAUAAGGUGAAUGGAAAAUUGGAAGAUGGAGAAAGUUCCAGCAAGAAGCUCAAGUCAGGUUUAACUGAUAUUUAUGGAAGUUGUAGUUCAGGAGGUAGGGAAUCUUCCAAUGGCAGUUUUACGGCCCAUGCAAACCAUCCUGGUACCUUCUCUUCAGUUGAGAACCUUGGAACCAUGGAAAGAACCUUCUUUCCUGUUGAUUCGCAUAAGAAAAAUGACUCGCAAUUGAUGCUCAACGGCAUGCCACUGGAGGGGUCUUGUGAGUAUGAGGGUCAAUUUCAAGUUGGGAUUCCAAAUCUAGAGCUUGCUUUGGGGGGCAAAAUAAAACCACAGCCACUGCCAGUUCCAGCGCCGCCCCAUAAGGGUAUGUUCCCUUUUCUCGUCGGAGCUGUAGACAAGAAAAAUAACCAGAAAAAACCACCUGAAGUAGUUGGGGAUGAGCAAGAGGGCGACAACAGUGUUGCUGCAUCUCUUUCCCUGUCUCUAUCAUUCCCAUCAUCAAAUAAGGAACCUGUCAAACCUGCUCCAAAAGCUGAACAUUCGACUGAUGGGCAUCAUGUGAAUACUCCGUUUCUCCUUUUUGGGAGAUACACAGACAAAUAAAAUCUACCUAGUAUAUCUCUAAUCUUGUACAUUAUCUGUUCCAUAUGCCUUUGAUAAAAGCUAUAGCCUAUCAUGUAGGACCCCUUAAUCCACCUUCAUGAGCUUCUAGAGUGAACAAGUGUGUUUUCUACUUUUCUUCCCUCCUUUACUCCUUAGUUAAAUACAUGUUUUUGGUAUUAUCUUUUUGGUUCAAAAACACAUAGUUACGGCUGUUUGUAUAUAUAGUGAGAAAAUCAGCCGGCAUAACUUCGGAAAUAUCAAUAGGAGCUUGCGGAUGACUUUCUUUUUAAAUGACAAGGUUUCCUUUGUUCCUGACUUCA